UAUAACUAGUAAUUGACGUCGUUGCUAGGUAACUGAAAACCGGAUGGCUAUAUAUAUCUGCUGUUUGAAAAUGGGCUGUUUCAAAAAACUUGUUCCAAGAUUUAUGCGAUUCUGCUUUGCUAGGAACGCAAACGCCGAACUUGCGUUCGACACAGACAUCUGUUUGCCGGGUCACACUCUGUAUUUUUCAAUACCCGAAAGUCUUGCAAAGGAUUUUUUCGCAUGUGAACCAGAGGAUGCCGCAAUCGGACUGCGGGAGUACAUGUUCUUGUACAAAUUCGAGACCAAGAACUUGGUCGCAAAACCUGACGUGUCGUAUAAAUUCGCGACCUACUACCUUGGGGAUGUGUCAAUGAAGGGGUGGGUUCCAGAUAACAAGAAAUAUAAUGUAUCGAGGAAACAGACGGGAAGAAUGCAGCCAUACAUAAUAGGAGACACCUCUUCCGCCUCUUCAUCCUCUUCAUCGUGCUCCAACGAUGUGGUACAGCGUUCCACUCACCAGACUCCCAAACAGAUGUCCCUAACAUGUGGUACAGCGUUCCACUCACCAGACUCCCAAACAGAUGUCCCUAACAUGUGGUACAGCGUUCCACUCACCAGACUCCCAAACAGAUGUCCCUAACAUGUGGUACAGCGUUCCACUCACCAGACUCCCAAACAGAUGUCCCUAACAUGUGGUACAGCGUUCCACUCACCAGACUCCCAAACAGAUGUCCCUAACAUGUGGUACAGCGUUCCACUCACCAGACUCCCAAACAGAUGUCCCUAACAUGUGGUACACCUCUAAAGCUGAUCCGAGCACCAAGCCUCGUCGACAUAUCCAUUUAAAACGUUGAAUACAUGCUAUUUGGAAACAAUACCUACUUCCUUUACCGAAUGUGGGCCAAACGAUGGUGUUAAUAAGGAAUACUGCCAGAACUUGCGACAUGGGUGAAUGACUGUUGCGAACCAGGGACCAACUACACAAAUGAAAUUAUUUUUAGAACCGUACGCAUAUUGUAAAAAAACAGGUUGUAUUAUUGCCAAAGUAAUAUGAUGUGAACGGAUAGUGGUGUCAACAGAAAAUGUUGUUAUUGUCUUAAUAACACGGGAUGCCGAGAAAUGACUUUAUUUGACCAAAAGAACUUUUGGCUAAAAGGCUAAAUGAAUAUUUUGAUCACAGAGUAUGUCAUGAACACGAGAUGUGCUCAAAGGAGAAUGUCCUGCUCUGUACGCUGAACAUAAUCACAUACUCAUAAUUAUGUGGAAAAUGUGACUGUGCAGCUAGCUCGGUUAUUACGUAAUAAACAAAAACAACCGU